AUGGGUAAAUCAUCACAAUAUGGCGUCAUUCUUGACGCUGGUUCCUCAGGAACUCGAGUAUACAUCUACAAGUGGAAGAAUCACGCCAAAGCCACCAAAGAUGCAUCGGCUGCCGAGCUCAGGUCUCUCCCCAAGAUCAAGCUCAAAGAAAACAAGAAGAUCCAUCCUGGAGUUUCGAGUUUCGCAGAGAGGCCUGCGCAAAUCGGUCCCGAUCAUCUACAGCAGCUGAUCGACAUUGCUCUCGACGAAGUCCCGGACAGCAAGAUUUCCGAGACCCCCGUUUACCUUAUGGCAACGGCUGGCAUGCGAUUGCUACCAAAGCCUCAGCAGUCGGCACUCCUCAAAUCAAUGUGCACGUACUUACAGUCGAAUACAAAAUUCAUUCUUCCGGAUUGCGAUGCCCAUAUCCAGGUUAUCUCUGGCGAAACCGAGGGUCUGUAUGGCUGGAUAGCGGCGAAUUAUUUGCUGGGCGGCUUCGACCACCCUGAGGAGCACGACCAUGGCAAGAGUCAUCACACCUACGGUUUCCUCGACAUGGGUGGCGCAUCUGCUCAGAUUGCCUUUGCUCCAAAUGCCACUGAAUCCGCAAAGCAUGCGGAUGAUUUGAAGAUGGUGCGCAUGCGAACACUCGACGGAUCACCAUCGGAAUACAAAGUAUUCACUGCAACCUGGCUCGGAUUCGGUGCCAAUCAAGCCCGCAGCCGUUAUGUCGAACGUCUACAAGAACAUUACAAUACUGACUCUACCCACGAGCUGCCUGACCCCUGCAUGCCUAAUGGCUUGCGAACUACUCUAGACGGCGAACUUGUUGAAUCAAAGUCGGAUAAGACAGUUUUGGUUGGUACAGGAAAGUUCGACGAAUGUUUGACAGUAACCUAUCCUUUACUGGGCAAAGACAAGCCAUGCAAAGACCAUCCCUGCCUUGUUAAUGGCCAGCAUGUACCCGGUAUCGACUUCGACAUUAAUCACUUUGUUGGUGUUUCGGAAUAUUGGCAUACAACUCAUGGUGUCUUUGGUGGAAAACACAAGGCUUACGAUCUGGCAACAUAUCAAAACAAUGUCAUGGAAUUCUGCAGUCGCGAUUGGUCAGACAUCGAGGGAGAUCUUGAUAAACGUAAGAAAUCACCAGAAAAGAAGGCAGCCGAGGCGCGUUUGGCUUGUUUUAAGGCCUCAUGGCUGAUUAAUAUGCUCUACGACGGAAUUGGCAUCCCUCGUGUUGGUCUUGAAGGGGGUGCAGCCAACGACACUAUCAAGGACGAUGGUGAGAAAUCAUUUAACGAUCCUUUCAGGCCGGUGGACACAAUCGAUGGCAUCGAGUUAAGCUGGACUUUGGGUAAAAUGGUCCUGUACGCUGCCGGACAAGUUCCUCCGUCCGGUUCUGAGCUGCCUGUCGGCUUUGGAAGCAAUGUAGACAAGGGGAUAGCGAAGGAUUUUGAGCACGCCGGCUCUUCACCUAUCGCACCCCACACAGGGGACGAUGACGAUGACCUGGAAGAUCUUCUGAAAAGGCCUGGAAAGUCAACUGGUGGACUUGUCGCAUUUGUUCUGAUAAUUCUGUUGGUCGCCUAUUUGCUCCGCAAGCCCGAGCGAAGAAGAAAGAUAUUCAGCAUGAUUAGCCGGCGGAAGCGAUCAGGGAAACCAGGCCGCGGCUCCUCUCUUGUCCACAAACUCUUCGGACGAAACUCGGGGCCAUCUUAUGAGAGAGUAAUGGAGGAGGGUGAUUUCUCUGAUUUUGAGUUGGGCGAUGUCGAUUCGGAUGAACAUGACCAUUCGGACAGCAGUAGUAAUGGUUCACGAAAGGGACGGGCAUCGGGUCUAGCAACACCUAGUAUCUCUGCAGGUCGCGCGGACGAACUCACUCGCCCUCCGUCAGCAAUGGAUCGUGCCGGACUUGUAGUGCGGACUGAAAGUCGAGAACGGCUAUCGCCCUCACUAUUGAGUGCUGGCCGAAAGAGCCGCAACGGCAGCCCAACUCGUGCGAAGAGUCCAUUCAUGUCGCCUGUACGGGAAGAUUGA